AUGGCAGAAAGCAAUUGCACCCCAGCGACCGAGUUCAUCUUAACGGGGUUCACAGAGGACCCAGUCACUCAGGUCACCCUCUUUCUGCUGUUUCUGCUCAUCUAUCUUAUCACCAUCCUGGGGAACCUUGGGAUGAUCGCAUUAAUCAGGGCUAGCCCCCAGCUCCACUCCCCCAUGUAUUAUUUCUUGGGUAACUUGGCUUUUGUAGACCUCUGCUCUUCCACCACCAUCACCCCCAAGAUGUUGGUUGACUUUCUAGCAGAGAAGAAGGGCAUUGCUUAUGCUGGGUGUGUGGCUCAGGUGUUCAUUUUUGAUCUCUUUGGGAUAACCGAAUGCUUCCUGCUGGCUGUGAUGGCAUGUGACCGUUACGUGGCCAUCUGCCAUCCCCUGGUGUAUCCCCUUAUCAUGUCCCCAAAAUGCUGUUUCCAGCUGGUGACUGGGUCAUAUCUCAUGGGGUUGACCAACGGCAUAGGACAGACUAUCAGCAUGUCCAGUUCAUCCUUCUGCGGCUCCAACGUCAUCGACCUGUUCUUCUGUGACAUUUCCCCUCUGAUAUCGCUCUCAACCUCCGACACCACCCUCAGCCACAUUAUCCUAAGAAUUUUAGCAUUAUUUGGUGCAUCCAGCAGCCUGAUUGUCCUGGUCUCCUACGUGGCCAUCAUCUCUGCCAUCCUGAGGAUCAGUUCAGCAGAGGGCAAGCGCAAAGCCUUCUCCACCUGCACCUCACACCUCAUGACUGUGAGCAUCUUCUAUGGGACGUCACUUUUUAUGUACUUAAAGCCCAGUUCAGGCAGCUCAAGAGAAGAUGAUAAAUGGGCUGCAGUGCUCUACAGCGUGGUGACUCCCAUGCUGAACCCCUUGAUCUACAGCCUGAGGAAUAAGGAGGUGAAGGAGGCUUUGAGGAGACUCACAAAAGUAAAAUGA